AUCGAUACAUCGCUUGUUCCAGCAUCGAUACCACAGGCCAAACAACAUUUUAUUAUUUUUUGGGCAAAAUAAUGGAAACAACCUCGGUGCAGAAGAUCAAACGGUCGUUUAAGCGUCCAUUUGUGUUUCCCAAAAACUGCGUCUACCGGCCACUGCGACAGAUUCACAACAUUGAACGUAAUCAAAAGCUGCCGCCCGAUCAGCCGACAUACUUCACGCUGAAUGCACCGCCCUCACUAUUACCAGCCAAGAAAUACUCAGAUAUUAGCGGCCUGCCAGCACCGUACGUCGAUCCACACUCCAAACUGCGCUUUGCCAAUGCAGAGGAAUACGGCUCAAUGCAACAAUUGCCCUCAGACAUCAUCAAUGGCUACUUGACAUUGCGAGGCUUCACAAGCGCCGUCGGCUAGCAGUAGUGAUGCCAGCCUUAAAGCUAAAUAAAAAAAGCUAGUUUUACCUAAACGAUAGGAGAAAAAUAGAAAAACAAUAGGAAAGUUAAGCUAUAGUGAAGAUCAAUUUAUUUAAUAUUAUAUUUUGUAAAUGCGAAUAGUCAUUAAGAGGAAAUUAUGUGUUGAGAGGGCGAAGGAAAUUGAAAUUAAUUUGCUUAGGGAGAAAGAGAGAGAUAAAGCGAAUGUUUAAUAUUUGAGUUCAGAAGGUUAAGGUAGAGAGAGAGAUAUUAAU